AUGGUGGGCGACGACGGCGAGAACUUCGAGGACAUCUUCAGCAUGAUGCUGAGCAGCUGGCCGUCGGAGGCACCGGGACCGCGGGCCGGCGAGGCCGCGGCCACGCAAGCGGCCUCCAACGCGGCGCUCCCGGACCCCCAGCGGUUCCUCCUCCAGCUCGCGGCGUCCCCGCUGCGGCUCGAGGCCCUCGGCCUCCUCCGCGAGGCGCCUUGGUGGGCCGCCGCUGCCUCGACUGGCCCUCCUCCGACCAUCUGCGACUCCGACCCCGAGUGCAUGCUCGCAGACCGCGCCCCCAGGGACACCGAAAUGGCCUCGCUGCACGCCGCGAUGGCCGCCGCCGUGGACGCGGCGCGCGCGGCGCCGCCGGCCGAGGCCGCGCGCUUCUGCGCGGCGGUCGAGGGCGCCGGGCUGGGCCGUUGGCUCCGCGGCUGGCGGCCCGGUGGCGACGGCCCGCAGGGCACCAAGCGCCCGCGCGUGCUCAAGGAGGACGAGGAGGCCGAUCGGCAGUGGCUUGAAGAGCACGAGGAGCGCUGGCGUGAGUUGGAGGAGGCGGCCGAGGCCACCCGGGAGUUCGAGGACUCUGAGCAGGCAUUGGCGGAUGACGACGCGGAGGAGGCGGAGGCGCGGCGGAGGCGGAGCGCGGACGCGGGCCCCCUGGUCCGCGAGGCCCGCGACCGCAGCCCUGGCAGCCCAGAGAGGCCGCCGCCCUCGAAGGUCGCGGCGGCGUUCGGGCUGCUUGACGUGUCGCUCACAGCGACGGCCAAGGAGGUGGAGCGGCAGUACCGCCUGCUCGCUCGGCGGCACCACCCGGACAAGGCGCCCCAGCACUUUCGGCCGCAGGCCUCGCAGCGCUUCCGGGAGCUGCAGGACGCCAAGGCAACGGCCCUGUCCUGGCUGCAGCGGCGGCAGCAGCCCGAGGACUCCGACGGCGACGACAGCGCCGAGGACAGCUUCGGCCUCGAGGGCGACGGGGAGGGGCACGACGGCGGGGUCUACGACAGCACCAGGCACUGCGCCGCGUCCACCCCGAGCGAGAGCGAGAAGGUCACCUCCAUAACCUCGGCCACCGUCCCCGACGCAGCGAGGGGGUCGGUGCCGCCACGCAGGGCUGACAUGAAGAUCUCGACCAGCCCUCGCGGGGCCGCCGACGACGCCACCGUCGCUGGGGGUACGUACUGGAAGGCGGAUGCAGCUGCGGUCGCCGCCGGCCCCGUGAACUACGGCGAGGUCUAUGCGACCAUGCAGCCAGGGGCCACCGCGACGGGGAACAACGGAGGCUCGACGGCUGCCAGUUCACAGGGGCUUACUCUGAGCCCACGGGCGCUACAGGAGGCGGUGGCGAGCAUUGCUCAGAGCACGAUGAGGGCCACGGUGCCGGACCUCGCGCGGGAGACAAUGCGAGGGGUCUCCGUGGCGCAGGGCGACCGUCCAGAGCCUCGAGACGGUCAAGAGUUCGACCCCUGGGAUGCAGGACUUAGCAAGGCCUCUGGCGCAGACGCCGACCAGCCCAACGCCGUGGAGACGGCAGCAGCACGAGAUGAGGACGGCUGGCGGAAGCAAGGCGCCGGAGGAGAAUGGGAGAAGCAGCGCUGGUGGCGCCCAGGCUCGGAGGAGACCGGCAACGACGACGGCUGGAGGUGGGACGCCAACGCGGACGUCCCAGUGUGGCGCCGGAGUGAGAAGUUCAUCAAGUUGUUCGAUUGGAACAUGCAGGCCAGAUUCGAGGAUAUCACGGACUACGAGCUCACGAAGGACGAGGACUUCUACGAUGAGGACGCUGAGGAGGACGAGGAGCUGGACAUCGAGGCCGUGCUCGCGGAGAUCGACGACAUGGACUUGGCGGAGGACCAGGCCACAGUCAAGUUCAGGAUGGUCAAGGUCAUCUCUCUGGAGAACUUGGACGACGAGAUCUCGGAUCAAGAGAUACAGGCGGUGCAGGGCAUGACGCCCGAGCAGAUCCAGCAGCUAGUAGCGCUGACAGCCGGGCAGAUCAGCGGCAACACCAUGACGAGCACGGAGACAGUCGACGCGUUGAUGGAGCCCCCAGUCCAACAGCUGGGGCCAGCCAUGGCGACCGUGCCGCUGGCGCUCGAGCAGCAGCAGCAGCCGCGGCGAUGGCAGCGGCAGCGGCGGUGA